GACGUCUGACGUCAUAUCAUAACAAACGUUAAAUGGCAAAAUGGACGGGGAUGAGAAUUUCGCAAGAGCCGGGACUUCUUCUGGGGUCCCUUGUGCUCUUCCUGAAGAUAAAAUGAAGGAAUUGGAGAGAGAAUCUAUAAUAAGAGCCAGAGAGGAACGUCUUAAGAGCAUUUUGAGCCCAGUAGAAGGUCUGGUGAUGAAUAUUCAAAGUCUUUUGGUGUGGGAAAACAGGCAACCAAGCGCUGUUCUGUUCGUGUGUGUGAACAUCGUGUUUUGGCUUGCUGUAACUACUAAUCAGCGGGUUGUCUUCAUAUCCGCAAUGAUAUGCUUCAUUGUGAUGUGUGUUGAGACCUUCCGCUUUAGGGUGUGGCCUGACAUGCAAGUCAACCCAAAGGAUCCAAAUGAAGAAGAUUGGACACCUCUACAUGUGCGCCUGCUGAGCGUACCAGAGCUGUGUGAUCAUGUUGCCCACGCAUGGCAAGUCGCAGAUGAGUGGUACAAUGCAUACUGGGAACUCAGACGACAUGAACCCGCCAAAUUCUGUACGUUCACCUGUCUGGUGUGUUUGACCAUGGCUACUAUUGGCUACUACAUACCUGGAGUCCUCAUCUCGUACAUAAUAUUGAUAUGUCUGCUAUUAUGGCCUGCCUAUCUAUACCAUGAUGUGUCGGGUAAACUCUACACCAAACUUCAGCCUUUCUUGAACCAGUUUGAACAGAGCAUGGAGAGUUUAGAACGUAAAGAGAAACGUCAGAGACGUCUUAAGAGAACCACUCGCAAUGCAGACGGGGGUGAAGAAACAAGCUCGGAUAGUGAACUGAAUGAAUUCUGUCCUACACCCGGUCCUGCUGUGGAUGCAGCGUUAUCCCAUGCAGCUCGUGUGUUUGGAAGCACCCCUUCGUCAAGCCGUCUGGGAACCCCUACUUAUGGGUUGAUUGGAGAUCUUAUACCAAGAGGGGCAUCAAUAGAAUUCACUGAUGAUGAGCUGAACACGGACAACGAAUCAAGUAACAUCUUACGUGGUUUGACCGAGAUGCCUUCAUAUCAGGACCGGGCUUUGGAUCCCAGCGGAGAUGAACUAGACUCACGGUCAACUGGUAAUCUUCUAGAUGGUAAGACCGAUGAUCCUACAAGAUUGCGACCUCCAUCAGAUCUGUUUGGUAUGUCCACCGAUGAUGACUUUGGUGACCAUGAAUUAGACACUCCAGAGUCGCCUCUGGAUGACCUUCUGCAGCCUCGUCUACAGGAAAGGAAAUCCCGCAGCUCUGAUCUAGCAGCUGAAAGUAGCACCCAGUCCUUGCCUCCUGCCGCUGCUCAACUCCUCUCACAAACCGUCGCAGCUGUUAUGUCUGAAGCCGUUACCUCAUUAGCCGGGCUUGGCGAUCCCACCGCUGCCACUGUCGAGAAACAAUCCGUGAAGCAUCCAACGUUGCCUGUGAAAUCUGUUCAGUUGUCAGGUCCUACAGACUCUGAUGCAAUACCAAGUGGUCUUACCCCGUCUCCACAGUCAGAUGAAGAGCUUGCCGAGUUUGAAAUGCUUGAUAGUUCAGAGUUAGAUGAAGAGAGAUCGCCUUCUACCGAGAACAGUCCCGGAGCCAUCAAUGCUGGCAUUACUUAUCUGUCUUCCUUAUUCUCCAGGAGAAAAUAGAAAUCAGUUUAGAUCUUGGAAGCAGUCUAGAGGAUUGAUAGACCAUGUAGGAUACCAUGCAAUGUUUCUAGUUAAGCAAAAAUUUUGAUGUAUCCUAUUAAACUCAAGAUGCAUCAAUUAUUUUGAAUUAACCCUACCCCUUAUAUGCAAAAGUUGUCCAAUAACUUUUGAUAUUGUAAAAUUGGACGGGUCAAAUUUAAAACUGUGGCAGGGUAUUUUGAGCCACGCAUGCUGCAUUCACUGUUAUCCAUCAGGCGGAAUGGGAUUCUCUAAUACCAAGUGCUUUGUCUGUUCCAAUAUGGCAAGUUCAUCUGCACUUUUAUUCAUUCAUCAGAGGAUUCUCCCCAGUGACUUAUAGCUGUGCAAUGCUACAUUACUGGAGAGGUAUAACGGAAUGAGUUUUCAAAACAAUAUCACAAUGAAUGCUUGGUAAUCUUACAAAGAGUUGCAAUCAAUCUCAAAUUGCCAUUGAUCUCAGACGUGUAAUUCAUAGAUGUAUUGUAGAUUAAUCACAAUUUAAGUUUUAUUUAAAAAAUUUCAAAUCUUUUUAAGAAAGGACCUAGGUAGCGUGAUUGUCAAAGGUGGUUGUAUGUCCCUGGCUAUUCAUUCAGCUAUUGUGGAUGUUUUUGUAGGAUUAGAAUCUCUACGAUGUUGAUCAGAUUCUCUCAAACUGAACAAAUCACAAUAUGAAGUAGAUAUUAGAAUGAAAUUUAAAAAAAACUAACCAGUGGCCUGUUGCAGAAACAGUUGCAUUAAAACGCAGAUCAAAUUAUUAACCGCAAGUUUAGAAUACACGCUUUUGAGUGGUUGAAAUCAAGUUGCGUUUCUUGCAACUCUUUCUGCGACAGACCACAGACUAUAUUAUUACAUUGUUUGGUGCAAUUUAAAGGUGACUUGAUAUUAUGUUUUUCAUCAUUCAUACACCUGACACGAGUACACAUUAUUCCAAGUAAUUGAUGCAAAUUUACAACAGAUCAGAUAUUUUAAUAAAUUUUGUCUCUUUAGGUGAGCUUUUUACAGAUUUUUAAAAUCUCAGUUACAUUAAUCAUGAAUGUCUAGAAAACUAUAUUGAUUGAUGUUUUUUACAUUGAGGGAAAUAAUGUCUCAUUAAUUAGAAGAUGAACAUAGUGAAUCUAAGCCCCCCCCCCUCAGAUUCUCAAUGAAUUUUUCAAGCAUUAUAUAUAAUCGUGAUAGAUAAUGCCAUCAAUCUCUUCAUUACCAGUGGCAGCAUGGGAAAUACAAGGGUGGCAGGCAAAUUUGCUACAUGACAGCCCAAAUUGCCCUUAAAAUUCCCAGGAUGGCAUGCUUUGGGGCGACCAUCUUGUCUAAAGUCACCCCACGAUCUGCUACAAGCUGUACUUAAUAUUCAGAAAAUGAAUAUUUUGAAAGAUGGCAGAAUUAUAUUUGCAUUUACUGUAUAAUUGCUCAUUGCCCCUCAAAAAAAGCCAUUGGGGAUUUUUCCUAAUUGCAAAAGAGAGACGGAUUCUGCUAUUGGUAAAUCCAUUGAAAAUACAAGUCAAUUCACAAUGGACAGCUGAGAUGUUUUUGUCGAAAGUAGUUAAUGAGCAUUUCAUGAAAGUUGUCAGCACUGACAAGUUGUCUUUCUGCGACAGUUACCAUAGUAACAGUCAGAGGCCAGUGCCUUUCAGCC